UGACCCAAGAAAGACAAGUGAACUAGGAAGUUAAGGGUGCAACUGAUUAGCCGAAACCGAGUUUCGAUUUGUUUCUGCGUCUAAAAUAUCACACAUUUAGAGUACUUUUCAUUGGUUACGCGUGCGUAAUGGGUAAACAUUGGAUCAUUGGCUUAAGAUAAUAACCAGGGCUGUGUUGUUUGUAUUUCACUGCAGACAACCUUCCCUUGUCAUUCUGCCGUUGAACAGGAACAUUACUGCGUGUCACUGAAAAAUAAAAUUAUGGAACUGGGUGAUACGGACUCGGACAGUCUUCCCUUUGGGGAAGGCGUGUCGGGGCGUGGAGGGGAUUCCAAUGAGGGGGGAAAUGAUGAUGACCUAUACUACAUCCCUGAGAGGAGAGCUUCUCUGGAUCUGGGGCAGGAGUCUUCACCCGGAGAUGGUGCCCAAUGGUGGUGCCAGGCGGCAGUUCUGAGCUAUACUUCUAUGGGGAGCGACGAGGAAAGGAACCGAGAACAGUCAAUGGAGGACCAAGAUGAAUCAAGAGUUCUCCUGGAGAGCAACGGUUCUUUCUCUAGCGACUACUCCUUCAACAGUGAUUGUGAGAAGACCACACGCAAGAUCGGAAGCAAAGCACAUCCCGUGUGUGGGCAUCCUAAAAAACCUCCUCUUCUCAGCGACUUCACUGAACCGCCACACCCCUCGAUGACUUUUGCGUUUACCUUCCAGGCUAUCCGUGAAACACUUGAGAAGAUGCCAGAGGGGCAUCUGAGGCACUUCAAAGAAACUCUGUGGAGGAGUUACCCACAAUCGCUCAUUGCUUCUCCCCAAAGCAUGGACUUGCUGGACCUAGUGGACCGCAUGCUUGGGUCUUUCAACAUCCAGGGCUCUCUGCAGAUAGUCAAAAACCUUCUGGAGGAGAUGGGGCAGGAGCAGCUUGUUCAUAACCUCCAGGAGUUAUGCGUUCAAAAUGAAGUACGUUUUGAGCUGAGACAGAAUCUGAAGUGUAAAUACAGGGACGUUCAGGACGACUCAGCGAUACAGGGAGAGAAGAAGCUCUUCCACGACAUAUUCACCGACCUCCACAUGACCAAAGGGUUGGACAAUGGACCCAAUAUUCAGCACGAAUACAGGAACAUAGAAAAAUUAAACUCUUAUCACAAACCAGAACCCACCAUCUCAUCUCAAGAUAUCUUCGGCAGCAAUUGGAUCGAGGAGAAAUGUUUGAAGGCUCUCCUGAUGACCGGCAUGGCAGGAACAGGAAAGUCCAUGGCCGUACAGAAGUUCAUCCUGGACUGGGCUGAGGAGCGGUCCCACCAGCACAUCUCUUUUCUCUUCCCGCUGCCCUUCAGAGAGCUCAAUGCCUUCCAGGGAUCGGAGAUCAGCAUGCGGCACCUACUAAACCAGCUCUACCCAGAAACCAAAAAGUUGAAGGACAUAUGCGCGGUCGGUGGACAUGUGCUGUUUGUCUUGGACGGUCUCGAUGAGUACACCCAGGAGCUCGACUUCCAAUACACAGAGAUCUGGUGCGACUUCAAGGAAGCCACAUCCUUCAAUGUGUUGUUGGUCAACUUCCUCCGAGGGAACCUGUUCUUCAGCGGCCUGCUCUGGGUCACGUCCCGGCCUCUAAGAUCAAAGUGCAUGCCGUCGGAGGGCGUGCAUCAAGUAGCGGAGGUAUGGGGCUUUACGGAUGACCAGAAGGUGGAAUACUUCAAGAGGAGGUUUACGGACCCUGUACACGCAGGUCGGGUGAUUGACUAUGUCAACUCGUGCAAGACCCUCCACAUCAUGUGCCACCUGCCCCUGUUCUGCUCGGUGUUGAGCCAAUUGUGGGAGCGUAGGUUUACCGGGCAGAGGGGGGAUCUACCCAAAAGCAUCACACCCAUCUACACCCAGCUUCUUCUCGCGCUCCUGUCCAAGCGACGUUUCAGAGCGCCAGCUCGCAGCCCCAGCGAGGAGAGAAAUUUCCUGGUAGGCCUGGGCAAGACGGCAUGGCUCGCGCUGGAACAGGGACAGGUGAAGAUCUCCGAGGCCCACCAGAAAGCGGGCAUUGGGGGGGCCAUGGACGAGGCGGUGGUCAAUAGCGGCUUGUGCACAGAGUUUACGGUCAAACAGUUUGUCAUGUAUAGUGAGACGGUCCACUGCUUUAUUCACUCCACCGUUCAGGAGUACAUGGCCGCCCUGUAUGUUUUUCUAGAGUUCAGGAACCAGGGAAUGAGUGUCUUCAAGGAAUCAUCAAAAAGAAAGCAAACCCAGGACUUAAAGAACAGUAAACCGGUUUACUCAAGUGCUUUAGAAAGGACCAUACUCUGUGAGGAUGGGAGAUUUAACCUUUUCCUGCGUUUUCUCUUUGGCAUGGCGUCAAAGAGCAAUGUUGAGCUUCUCAAACAUUUCAUCGGUUCUACAGAGAAUUGGCCAUCUGUCGUUAAGGACACUGUUGCUCUUAUUAAGAAGAAGAUGAGUGAAAAGCUUCAGAAUCAUCCUGAAACUAGAGCGCUCUUGCAGUCCUGUCUGGAUGAACUGACCGCGGAAAACUAAGGCUGAAUCCGAAUACUUAGUCCAUACUAUUUCUGUUCAGUGUCUACUACUUGACCGUACCACACUUGACUGUGUAGUACGGUCUACAGCUAUGCGUAGAACGCCUCCGAACACCGCCGAAACUCCACCGGAUGUUUGGAGAUUACGUAUCUCCCCUCAGACGCAGGCAAAAUUACCUUGAUAAGUUACCUGUUUUCCGUCUUGUCAUCGUUGCUAUUAAAUUAAAAGUCUCUUUUUACUUAAUUAUUUAUUUUACUUUUUUUAAUGUCUCUUUUUUCGCCGCUUUCUACGACGUCUUUCUGGUGGUGUCGGGUCAGCCAUCUCUUCUUCGUUCGUUACCAGACUCCGGUUUGCUGCAUCUGCAUUGUGGGAUAGCGUAGUGAACUCCGUUGUUUACUGUGGCGGUAGUACGGAUUCGGAAACGUUUUCCGUACUACACAAUGCGUACUGAGCAUUCGGACGCGCUAUAUUUGUGGCGUACUACAAAAUGCAUACUAUAUAGCAGUCAAGUAUGAGUAUUCGGAUUCAGCCAAAAAUUUAGAGCUACAGCAUUGUUUUUAUUUGGUUGAUCAUUUAUAAGUCAUAAUACUCCCUAAUUCCCCAUGGAAAUGCAUAGGCCUACAUAAAAACCCACCCAAAUAUAAUAUAACUUGAUUGCAGAUGUUAUAUCACUAUGCAAUAAAUCAUUUUCACUACUGUU